CAGAUUUAAGUUUACCCCUAGGACUGCCACAUCUGGAUGAGCAUUUCUUCUUUUCUUGUUAUAAGGACAUAUUAGGUGAAUUUCCUGGGAUUAGUUAUAUGAUAUGGCUUAGAACAGGCCCUUACCAUACUGGAAGGAGCAGCGAGGGAAUCAGAUACACUGCUUGUCUUAUAGGAUUGCCUUGGACCAGGUAGGAUGAUAGGAUCAUCAUUCAGAAAAUAACUCAUAUUUAAAUGCAGAGCUGUGAUACUGCACUGUAUGUGUUUGUUAUGCAUUUCAUCAACGCUCAUCCAGUACUGUUUGAGUAUUAGCAACAAUCAUCAGGUUCUUGAGUGCUCUUUUGCAAUCCAUUUUAAUAAUUUUCUGACUUCAGUGUUGCUGAAUUGAUAUUACUAUGUCCAACCAACUCUUCUAUCAAGCAGUCAUGUACACUUCAUAUACAUGUUUCCUUCACUGCAUUAUAACAGAAUGCUUAUGGUCUCCUCCAUCUCCUCUCCUCCAGUUUCACAGGAAACCUGCCUCCUGGACCAGGUGCUGGAGCUGAUUAUGAAUGAGAAGCCCGCCAACACCGCCAGCCUUUUCCUGAACGAGGACGCCGACAAGCCCUCCCUCCCUGAACGAGGCCUCUGGCGGUGGCUACAUAGAGCCAUGCAGAAGAGAGCGGCCAGUGCCAAGGACAUGAUGAGCUCCAUAACUAAGGAGAGCGUCAAGGGCUUCCUGAGACGCAACCUCUUUGUCCUCCUCACCAUCGCAGCAGUGGCUCUGGGUGUCAUGCUGGGUUUUGCUCUGCGGCCCCACAACCUGACCCUCAGGAAGAUCAAAUACUUUGCCUUCCCUGGAGAGCUGCUGAUGAGGAUGCUGCAGAUGCUGGUUCUGCCUCUCAUCAUCUCCAGCCUGGUCACAGGUAUUUCCUCUCUGGACAGCAAAGCAUCUGGGAAGAUGGGAAUGCGGGCUGUGGUUUAUUACAUGGUGACCACCCUCAUCGCAGUCUUCAUUGGCAUCGUCAUUGUGAUUGUCAUAAAACCAGGGAAAGGCCUUAGGGACAGUCCAGUGGCCUCUAGCGGUACCAUAGAGCCGGUACAAGCAGCUGACGCCUUCCUGGAUCUCAUCAGGAACAUGUUCCCACCAAAUUUGGUGGAAGCCUGUUUCAAGCAGUACAAAACAGUCUACAAGAAGACCAUCUACACCAAGAACGUGACCAUUACCCUCAACCUGACUGACUCCCUAAACGCUACAGAGGCUGCCUUGGCUGCUAACAUGAGCAGAGUCCUGCAGACCAUCCAGGAGACAGUGGUGGAGACGAUCCCAGUGUCUGGUUCCUCUAACGGGGUGAACGCCCUGGGUCUGGUGGUGUUCUCCAUGUGCUUCGGCCUGGUCAUCGGCAGCAUGAAGCAGCAGGGACAGGCUCUCAGGGACUUCUUCGACUGCCUCAACGAAGCCAUCAUGCGCCUAGUGGCCAUCAUCAUCUGGUACGCUCCAGUGGGCAUCCUGUUCCUGAUAGCAGGUAAGAUCGUGGAGAUGAAGAAUCUGGCCGAGGUGGGAGGUCAGCUGGGGAUGUACACGGUGUCUGUCAUCGUGGGUCUGCUCAUCCACGGCCUCUUCGUCCUGCCCCUGUUCUACUUCCUGGUCACCAGGAAGAACCCCUACACCUUCAUCGCUGGCCUGCUGCAGGCCCUCAUUACUGCCCUGGGGACGUCCUCUAGCUCUGCCACCCUGCCCAUCACCUUCCGCUGUCUGGAGGAGAACAACCAUGUGGACAAGAGAGUGACACGCUUCAUCCUGCCCGUGGGUGCCACCAUCAACAUGGAUGGCACUGCCCUCUACGAGGCUGUGGCCGCCAUCUUUAUUGCUCAGGUCAAUGACAUGGAACUCAACUUUGGCCAAAUCCUCACCAUCAGUAUCACAGCAACAGCUGCCAGCAUUGGAGCAGCAGGCAUCCCGCAGGCUGGUCUGGUUACCAUGGUGAUUGUAUUGACAUCGGUGGGACUGCCCACAGAGGACAUAACGCUGAUCAUUGCUGUGGACUGGUUCCUGGACCGACUGAGGACCACUACCAAUGUGCUGGGGGACUCUCUGGGGGCGGGCAUCGUGGAGCACCUGUCACGCCAGGAGUUGCAGAGCCAGGAUGUUGAGGUGGGCAACUCGGUGAUUGAAGAGAACGAAAAGCCCUACCAGCUCAUCUGCCAGGAGAACGACUCAGUGAAGCACCACAACAGUGAGACCCCCAUGUAGGGGUCAGGACAGGGGAAUUUAUAGGCCCAGUCUGAAAACAACCACUAGCCUCUACUCUUCUUCUUUUAGUCAACAUUGCUUGAUCUAAUAUUUAUAUAUUUCUUAAUUCCAUUAUUUUACUUUUAGAUUAGUGUGUAUUGUUGUCAGAUACUACUGCACUGUUGGAGCUAGGAACACAAGCACUUCGCCACACCCAUAAUAACAACUGCUAAAUAUGUGUAUGUGACCAAAACAAUUUGAUUUGACACUGAUGAAAGAACUGGACAGGUGAAAUCACAUUUUCCAUAGUUACAGUGCCUUGCGAAAGUAUUCGGCCCCCUUGAACAUUGCGACCUUUUGCCACAUUU